AUGAGUACAACUGAAGAGACCAGUUGGGACCAAACACAAGUAACUCAAUGGCUUGAAGAAAAAGGAUGGGGUCAAUUUGCACCUACAUUUCAAAAAUACAACCUAUGUCAUGAACGAUUUUUUCAUAUUACAUUAGCAGAAUUAGUUCAAUUCUUACCAAGAACAAUGACAACGUACAAUGAAAGACGGAGACUUUUAAACGACAUUCGGUCACUUGUGGCUGCACCUAAACAAGCACCCAUAUUGCCUCAUAUUUCAAUUAACACAAAUUUAGGAGUUCGUCAUUAUAAGAGUCCUUGUUCUUCUUUACAUUCGGAUAUUAUGGAGCAACAUUCACCUUCACCUACUUUUUCACCUAAAGCUGCUUUUCACAAGUUUAAGAACAGUCUUCAGAAAAACUCAGCUAGUCCGCGUAUGCGGCAUGAAUCGGGCGAUGAACGACCUGUUAUUCCUGCCCGUGUCUCUUCUACACCAGAAAAGAUCUCAAAGAUAUGGGCUCAUUGGCAUUCCCCUAAUACUAAAAAACAAGAGGGUCAUAGAAAAGCAGACCAACGUAUUCAAAUUACGGCAGAUAAAGAAACUUGGUAUAGUUUAAACGUGACUGAUAUGCGAGACCCAGUAUCUAUUAAACAACACAUUUUAAAUCGAAUGAGCUUUCAUGGUGACAUUCAUCAAUACCAGUUCUUUCAUGAAAAUGGAGCAGAUCCAAAUACGCCUAUGGACCCACAGGGACUCAUGUAUCUUUGUUCAAUGGCAGACCAUUCUGCUAAUGAGCGUAUAUUAAUUAAACCUGUUUAUUUAUAUAGUAAUUACCAGUUUGCUAUUUCUACACCUGAAUUAGGAAGAUCACCUACAGACAAGAAAAACCCCUUUUAUCAAUACCAAAAAUCAUCACCUCCUAUUAGACCAUGGCAUCGUGAAACACCUAAACAGCCUAUUGGCAUUCAAUUAUCAGAUCCACCCUCGUUUCAAACACAAUUAUGGGCUGUGACACCACUUACGCCCGUCGAUACACUGGACAUUGUAUUCAAAACAGACUAUUGGGGAGAAAGACCUCCUGCAGAAGUCGUAUUUGAAUACAUGGAAGAUUACUUUGACAGUCAAGACUUGGACAAGGAGGUUAUUGUGUCCACCACAACCAAGAAACGAUCCCAUACAAAAUCAAUUCGAGUCGUCGCUCGUGAAGCAAGUCGAAAAUAUACGCAUCUCACACGCCAAAAGGGCAUCAGUCGUCGCAAGAAGAGUACUAAGCUAUGGGGCCAACGUGUUGUUCAACUUAAAAAGGCUUCUGGGCAUGUGAUGGUCAGACUGCCUUCUGUCAGUGAACACAUUGCCUUGUCCCAUCAUGCUGUGCCGACAGAUAAAACGAUUCAAUGGAUUCGAGGCAAAUUGAUUGGCAAAGGCUCCUUUGGCCGAGUCUAUUUGGCGUUCAAUGUCGAUACAGGCGAAGUCAUUGCUGUCAAACAAGUAGAGUUGCCCAAGACAGUGUCUGAUCAAAUGAAUGAACAGCAACAUGAGAUGGUGGAAGCAUUGUAUCAAGAGAUCAUGAUGUUGCGCGAUUUGGAUCAUGAAAAUAUUGUACAGUAUUUAGGUUAUGGACAUGAUCCUUCGGAAAGUGUGAUCAAUAUCUUUCUUGACUAUGUCUCGGGAGGCAGUGUGGCAAGUCGCUUGGCUCUGCAUGGUGCUCUGGAUGAACGUCUUACACGGCAUUUUACACGACAAAUCUGUGCAGGGCUCGAAUACCUUCAUUCAAGGCACAUUUUACACCGAGAUAUUAAAGCAGCCAAUAUUCUGCUGGAGGCGGAUGGUGUCUGUAAAAUAUCUGAUUUUGGACUGUCCAAGAAAAACGAUUAUGCGGAAGUCUAUGACCAAAACUCACGCAUGUCAUUGCGUGGAUCGAUUUAUUGGAUGGCUCCCGAAGUGGUCAAGAAUGAACCUUACAGUGCUAAAGUGGAUAUUUGGAGUUUGGGAUGUACUGUGCUUGAAAUGUUGACUGGACAGAGACCAUGGAUCUCUCUUAAUCAAAUUGCUGCACUCUAUAACUUGGGUAAACUGAAUUCGCCUACGAUACCCGACACAAUUUCAGAUGGUGCAAAAGACUUUUUAAAGCAAUGUUUUAUCAUUGAUCCACUUCAAAGACCAACAGCAACAAAACUAUUAUCGCAUGCAUUUCUUCAAGAAGAUCCACAUUUUGAAUUUAAAGAGUACGUAGAGAAAGGAAAGAUUUAA